UCGCUGCUGCGUGCAGUGGCAACGUGACCGGGCUCCGAUUGGACUGCGGCUGCCGAGUGAAAUGCUUUUACAAAUUCAAUUGCGAUUCAGCAUUCGUUCGAAGCGGUUGUAGAUGCGCUUGCGACCCGCGAUAUACAUAUUGUGAAUGAAGUGCAAUCCACUGCUAGUUACAAAAAAUCCCAGACAGUAAAAUCUAAACAUUCGACAACCGUUACAAGUGUUUGGGCCAUGCAAAAAAUAAAAAUAAUAAAAAAAAAACACUGUAUCUUCAUUUAAAGUGCAUUAAGAUAUAAAAACUUUUGAGGCUCAGAAUUCUAAUUCUGGUUUUACUAUUAAACAUUCAAGUGCAAAUGCAUCAGUGUUUCUCCUGUUUGGCAAUCCGAUCGAAUUGCAAAUCUGAAUGUGUGUUAAAUCGGCAGUGCAACUGCGUAAACAAUGCUUGGAUAAUUAAAUGUGAUUUGGCACUCAAAACAUUAUGUCGAUAGAAAGCCCGUUGGAGCGUAAAGUGAACUUUUUUCAAGAGACUGGAACAACUAAAAGUUUGUUUAUACUCAAAAACAAUAACAUCGUGAAGAACAAAAAUUGUACCGAUAAACUGUACAGCAACACAAAACAUAAUAACAAAAUCAACAGCAACAGCUUCAACAACAUUCUACAUACGCAGUGCACUACUGUAUCAGCAACAAAUAUUAAAGCUAGAUUUAGACAUACAGGGCAGACGCUCCAGUUGCAGCUGCAGCAAGAACAAGAGCACUUGAGGGACAGCGUGAGCAGCCAACUAGCGCAGUUGCUACCGCUUAAGCAGGAGCAGGAAUUGCGGGUGGUCACGACGCCGACCGCAAUGCCCGAGGUGCUCGCCGGGACACCCACACAAAGUCAGAAUAAAGCGUCAGCUACCGCGGCAUCCGUAUCCGUCUCAAUGAUGAGCAGUGUGCGCCUGGCAACCAUUUCGCCCAGUCUGUCUAUGAACGGCAGUUCGAACGAAGCCACAAAUCUGCAUCCCCUGUCCAUGUACGGAGGCUCAAUAAGCCCACAGUCAAACGAUAGUGGAAUGUCGGACGGCCACACACACAGCCUGAGCAAGUUCGGGCCGGGCAACGGUUACACGGACAGCCAUGGCCACAGUAUGAUGAGCAAGUCGUCUGGACAGAGCAGCGCCGUUGGUGAGGCACAAUCAACCCUGACCGCUGCCCAAAAGGAGCUCUUCUCACAGCGCAAGCAGCGCGAGUUUACGCCCGAUAACAAAAAGGACGAGAGCUACUGGGACCGACGGCGGCGCAACAAUGAGGCAGCCAAGCGGAGUCGCGAGAAGCGGCGCUACAACGACAUGGUCCUGGAGCAGCGUGUUAUUGAGCUAACAAAAGAGAAUCAUGUACUAAAGGCGCAGCUCGACGCGAUUCGCGACAAGUUUAAUAUCUCCGGCGAGAACCUGGUGAGCGUUGAGAAAAUUCUCGCUUCUCUGCCAACCAGCGAGCAGGUGCUCAGCAACACCAAGCGGGCCAAGAUGAGCAGCAGCAGCAACUCGUGCUCCUCUUCAUCCUCGGGCUCUUCCCCCGCCGGAGCCGGCUGCAGCUCACCGAUUGCGCACACACACAGCGGCUACAUCAGCUCCAAUGCACCAUUGCUCUCGCCCAUCGUGUACGGACCGAGCAGCAAUGUUAAUUCCGCCAGCGAGUCAUUAACAUCAUCAUCGUCAUUAUCCAACAAGAAUGGACAGCAUCUAGGGCAGCAUGGCCCACCACCACCGCCGCCGCCCCAUCCUCAAUCUCAUCCGCAUCCGCAUUCGCAUCCGUACCACCAGCUGCAGCAGACACCAUCCCACCAUCAGCAAGUGCAGGACGCUGCCCCCUCUGCAAUGGAUGGGCACAACAGCCGGCCGCCAAGUAACGCCAUUGCCAAUCUACAUGUGCUCCAACAAGCGCUGCACCGCAACGUCAGGCCCCAGGAUCUGGACAGCCUGCGCAAGGUCGUGGCUGUUGGAGCGCUCUACAACGCGGCGACAGUGAGCGCGGUGUCGCCAGCCGGCGCUACGAUAUAUACACCUGCAGCAGUGAAUGCAAAUGCAAAUGCAAAUGCAAGUUCACCCACAUCCGCCUAUGUUGCCAUCAGCAAGGAUCAGCUGGAAGCUAGCUACUUACACGGCCAAAGCAUGGAGGGUGCCGUCAGCAGCAGUGCGGUGGAUACAGUGAGCAGCACCUGCUCCGCGGUCGUCAGCUCGGCAGCGGCCAGCGUGCUGAAUUUGUCAAGACGCGCCUGUUCGCCCAGCUACGAUCACAUGUUGUCCUCGACCACAUGCCUGACGUCGUCCCAUCACUCAUCUACGUCCUCGGCGUUAUCUUCGUCCGCCUGCUCGUCGGGGGCCGUUUCCGGCGACGAUGAGCAGGAGCACGACGUCUCAGACGGGCCUGCUCGCUCGCAGGACUCGCAUGCGCUGGCGUGCUUGCAGCGCAGCAGUCCACCACAUGGCAGUGGCAGCGGCAGCGGCGGCGCCAUCGAAGCCAACAACUGUCUGCCGCUCAAGCUGCGCCACAAGUCGCAUCUGGGCGAUAAGGAUGCGGCCGCAACGGCGCUGCUUUCGCUGCAGCACAUCAAGCAGGAGCCCAACUGCAGUCGCUCCUCACCGCCCGCGUGGAACGACGGCGGCGACAACUCCAGUGACGAGCGCGACUCGGGCAUUUCCAUUGCCAGCGCCGAGUGGACGGCACAGUUCCAGCGCAAGCUUCUGGCUCCCAAAGAAGCCGUCGUGUCCGUAGCUGUCGUCGCCAACGUGGAUCGCGAUCAAAUGCUCAAAAGCCAGUUGGAGCGACUCGAGUCCGAGGUUGCCAGCAUUAAGAGCAUGAUGAUCCUUGCCGAUUAGUUCGUCCACUUGGCACAGUAAUGGGUAGCAGAGGGGGGGGGAGAGGAGAGAGAGUGAAGAGACAG